AUGGAUUUGUAAGUAUCUUGAUGGAUAUCAGUGCGUCAAAAUUCUUUAAUGUUCAUAAGUGUUUUUACUGAUUUAUAGGUUCAACAAAAUAUUUAGUUCCACUCGAAAGACUGAAGAGACAGCCAAAAGUAACAAGAAGUUAAACAUUCGUGGUUCAAUGAUCCCAGAGGCUAAGCCUUUAUUGAUGAGUACUGAUCGGCCACUACAAAUUGUAAUAAGUUUUAAACAUAUUAUAAAUUUAGUCGAUGGGGUAUAUACAAUUUUUUUUUGAUGGGGGUGUUUAUAUUUAGCGUACAAGGUCUCAAGAACCAGUCAAAAGUAAUAAGAAGCCAGAGAUUCCUAGUUCAGUAAAUCGAGUACUUAGGCCUAUAUUGAUGUGUGAUGAUCGACCACUACAAACUGUAAUGUUUUUUUAAAUAUAAACUUACUGUAUGAAUGGUGUAGAUACAAUUUCCUUCUAUGAGGGAGGACGGGUUAUAUGUAUUAUUUAGUGUAUAGAGUGAUCAAUCUUCUAUAAGACUCAUUUUGUCUUCUUAAUUUGUUAUAAUUUUACUUUUGAAUGACUUAAUGAAACUAUAAUAUAUAGGUAUCUAUACUAUAGGUACUAUACUUUUAUCAACACAUUUUGUUGUUGAUUUCAUAUUCUACAAUAUAAUAUUUUUCAAAAAAAUUGAUGUAUUUGUUAAUCUUAACUUUAAAUGAUUAUAAUAUAUCUUAUAAACUAUUGGACGAAUAUUUAAUAUUAACUAGUCAAUUUUUCCAGGCAAAUAUUAUAAUUUUAUAAAAUUAAUUAAAGACAAAAAUAUAAUUCAAAAAAAUAAAAAUCUAAAAAUUCCCGAAGAUAAAAACUAUAACAAAAUAAAUUUAUUAUCAAAAAUUAAAAAUAUAGUAUUAUAAUAAUUAAAAAUAUUUAUGAAAGUAUACUUGUAUUAAAAAUUAUACAGUAUUAUUAUUAGUAGUAUAAGUUUAUUUGGCAUUUAUUUAUUUUAAAAAAUAAAAUCCAUUUUCCUUUUAUUAUUUCUUAAUUCGUGUGGAUUAUUUUUAAUUAUUUGAUAAAUCAUAUCAUUAUUUUGGAUUUUUAUUAAUUUUAACUCGUUCUUUUACUAUAAUAUAUAUUAUAUAUUUUUAAUCAAACAUUUUUUGAGGAGUUUUGGUGGUUAAACCCUUCACUAUCCUAUCUAACCUCCGAACUAUGUAGGCAACUAGAAUGAAUAUUAAUUAAUAUUUUUAUUUUAAUUUAUGUUGUGGUGAUGUGUAUGAAAAACAGAUAUUUAAGGCCCUCAAAUUGCAUAUGGAUAAUCCAAAAACACUCAAGAACCUUUUAGAGCGUCUUACCAAUUUGCUGAGUAAUUAUCAGUAUAGAAAUGACUUACUUGAUCAAGCCAGAAAGAUUGUUUUAAAAGUGAUUACAAAACACCUAGAGAUCAUUAAAGUUGAAAUUGCUGCGAUGUCAGUUUUCACUAAUCCUUUAACCAUUAGAAAUUGUAAAAUUUGUAUUUAACAUUUUUUUAGUGCUGCUCUUUUUUAUAUUGUAAAAUACGAAAGCCAGUCAUUAUUACUAGAAGAUGUUAUCAAAAAACGCAUUAUUACUGGAAUAAUAACUUUGAUAUUAUAUCACGAAUAUGAUGCAAGAAUUUUGACUUGGGCUUUUCUUAGUUUGGAUCAAUUGGUGCUUAGAUGGGGAUUUGAAAAACAUCAUCAGUAUGUGGUUAGUAUAAAUAUACAACACAUUUUGUUUGGUUAUAACUUCUUUUUUGUAUAUUUUAUUAAUAAUUAAAGAAAUAUUAUAUAUUAUUAGUAUAUUGGAUAUAUAUUGCAAACAUUUUGUUUAAAUGUCAUAAUAAAUACUAAAUUAAUAAUAAAUUUGAUCGUAAUUAAAUAAUAACCUAAUUUAACCUAACUGUGUAUUUCUAAAUAGUAACUUUUAACAUGACACUUAAAAUCUACAUGUAAUUUAUUAAACCUAGAAUUUUGAUUUAGUAUAAUAACAUUCCUUUUUUAAAAUGUUAAACUUUAUGGUUCAAAAUGUCACAUUUGGCUCAUGAAGUCAAUAUAUUAACAUAACAUUAAUUUUUUAUUUUUCAUUCUUUUCAUUAUAUUUCUAAUUUUCUACUUAAUGAUAAAAUUGCUUUAUAUGAUUAAACAAUUAUUAAUUGAAGUUUAUUUAAAUUUAUAUUAAAAGUUUUAUAAAUUUAAAAUAUAAACCAAUACAUUUGAAUUGAUAUUUUUUAAUUGAACUUCAAUAAUGAUUUGUUAAACAAAAUUUAAGAUGUACUAAUAUCUAAUGUAUAAAUUAUUAAAUUGACUAAAAAAUAAAAAUAUAAUAUAAAACUAAGUUAUUUUACAUGGGCAAUUUAAUAAAAUUUGUAUUUUUAGAUGUUUCUGUAUGAUUAUUUUGUUCAAAUAUCACUUUUUAUCAUAUCUGCGAAUAAUCAAGACUACACUUUGCAAAUUGCUUGUGUUAUAAUUAACUGGUGUGCACUUGGUGGGAACAAAAAACAAAGAAUUGAUCUUGGGAAGGCUGGUAUUAUAAAGGUAAAAAAAUGAAUAGUUUGAAAAAGUCAAACUUAAACAUAACAAUUAACCUAUUUUUACUUGAUUAAAAUUAACCGGAUAUUUAUUUUAUAAUUUUAGUUAUAAGUCUAAUUUCAUUAUUUGUAUUUAAAAAUAAAACUAAAAUUACAUUACAAACUAUCAUAUACAAUAUUAUAUAUAGGCUUUUUUUUGCUAAUAUAUUCCACAUUUAUCUAAUUUAUCUUUGUUUUUUUUUUUUAAUUCACUGAUCUAAUCUAAUCUAAUAUUGACUUUUCAUUUUGAGAAGGUAUUUUAUUGUAAAUCAGUUUGUCGUUUUUUUUGAACUAUAAUAUUCUUAUAUCUGGAAUUAAUAUAUAUAAUAUUAUGUUUGUAUAGAAAUUGAUUGUAAUAAUUAAAACUCGGAUUCGUCAAAAUACAUUUGAACAGGUUGAUCUAGCCUUUGAAACAAUUAAUCAUUUAACAAAUGAUUUGCAAGAAAAUUGUAAAAAGUUCCUUGAUCAAAAGGGAUUACAUUAUAUGUUUGAAUGCCUAAGGGUAAAAAUAAUAAUAGCAGAUAAUCAUAUGAAUAAAAUAUAACUCAUGAUUUUGAUAACUUUUUAGACUUAUCCAAAUGAAAUUUUAAUGAAACGAAAUAUGUAUUGUGUAUUGAGAAAUAUUGCUGAAAUUAAAGAACUUAGAGGAAGGCUAAUGAAAAAUCAUUUAAUUGAAGUUUUAUUUGAUAAUUUGCGUUUAACAGGAGAUGAAAUUCAGGUAAUUAACAAUUAUUGCAUUUGAUAUUGUAUUACUUAUACAAAGUUUUUUUUUUAUGUACAGAUUCGUUAUUAUGCUGCUGAAAUCAUUGUUCAUUUGGCUUCAGAUGGCCAUAAAGCAUGGAUUAUACAAUCUCCUACAAGAUGUGAAGUAUUAGAUCAUAUGACACGGGCUUUGCAGAGCUGGAAUCUAGAUGCCAUUCUAGACAUAAGAUAUCGGUCUGUAAAAACACUAUUGAAGAUAGCCCAAAUUAGUCAUACACCAGUAUNUGUCCAAUGGGCAGCAUGGACUUUAGCAAAUCUUACCAGAGUAUAUCGUUAGUAUAAUGUUUUAUAUUAUUUAUUUUCAUGUAUUUUUAAAUUGAAUGGUUUGUACAUAUAAUUCUGGAUUUUAAUUACCUAUAAUGUUAUUGGUUUUAGCUGAAAAGUAUUGUGCAACUGUAAUAACUGAAGAUGGUAUAAAUAUAAUGAGUCAAAUACUCGAAGAAAAUUAUCAGAUUGGUCAGCCGGAGGUAAUCCAUAACCUAUCUCAAACUGUCAUCAAUCAAUGUAUGAGUUUUGAGGAAAACAUCACAGAAUAA